AUGAAUUCUGUAACUGCUUUUGUGGUAAUUACCAUGGUCAUUUGGUCAAAAUCAGCUGAUAUGGCUGAUGGUUUUGUGAAGCCACAUUCACCCACACAUAGCCAUGUUUCACUAGUCCUGACAUCUGUGUUGUUAGACCAGAAUCAGUGGCCUGCCUGGAUGUGCAAUGAGCCUGAAGUUAAUACUAAGAAUGAAAAUAAACAUAGCCCUAAGGCAUUGUGGUCAGAUCUCAUUGAGAAUGACAAAGAGUUGGGGAAAGCUGUACUGCAGUGGUUUGGGAAGCCAGUGGUCAUGGAUAAGAAUGAUCAGCCUGGAUCUAUGAAGCCUGAUCAAUCAGCAUCAAUGGUAAGCACACCAAGACUUACUGCAGAAGCAAAGGAGAAAUGGAGGGCACCCACUCCUGGUGAAUCUGUGAGAGAACUCCCUGCAGAAAUCAAUGCCCUGGAUCCUGUCUCAGUCUGA